GCCCGCAAAAAAACUCGCCAUUGGAUUAUGUUUAUUGUACAAUAACGUUCAAAUUUGAACUCUCGAGGCUGGUUUCUAUCAAGAAUUAUCAAAAAUAUUAACGUUUUGUUACCGCAAUGAAGUUACGUUGCUUGUAACGUUGAUGUGCGCGCGGAACUACAGGAUUCCAUUUGUCAAGACGUUGACGCUAGCAGCUAGCUUGGGCUAGCUGCCAUUACUUUGUGUUAAUUACGUCAAAUUUGUUUCAUUGCUGCCACAUUAGUUUGGCAAUACACAACACGUUAGCUGAAGCAGUAGUUUAACAACACGGUUGGACCACAAAGAGCUUCAGAGAAUGCUGGCCACGGGAGCUGCUGUAACUAACGUCACAGCCCUGGCCCAGGUAGACCGGGAGAAGAUCUACCAAUGGAUCAAUGAGUUGUCCAGUCCAGAGACCAGAGAAAAUGCCUUGCUGGAGCUUAGCAAGAAGCGAGAGUCUGUGCCAGACCUGGCACCGAUGCUCUGGCACUCCUGUGGCACUAUUGCUGCCCUGCUGCAGGAAAUAGUGAACAUCUAUCCAUCUAUAAACCCACCUACGCUUACAGCUCACCAGUCCAACAGGGUGUGCAAUGCCCUGGCACUUCUGCAGUGUGUUGCCUCACACCCCGAGACAAGGUCAGCUUUUCUUGCUGCCCACAUCCCUCUUUUCCUCUACCCUUUCCUGCACACUGUGAGCAAAACACGUCCGUUUGAGUAUCUGCGACUCACCAGCCUCGGAGUCAUAGGUGCCUUGGUGAAAACCGAUGAACAAGAAGUGAUAAACUUCCUCCUCACCACUGAAAUCAUCCCGCUGUGUCUCCGCAUCAUGGAGUCAGGGAGCGAGCUCUCCAAGACGGUUGCUACUUUUAUACUGCAGAAGAUCCUAUUGGACGACACAGGACUUGCUUAUAUAUGCCAGACAUACGAACGUUUCUCACAUGUGGCCAUGAUCCUUGGCAAAAUGGUUCUCCAGCUCUCUAAGGAGCCCUCCGCACGCCUGCUGAAGCACGUUGUCCGCUGCUACCUUCGCCUCUCAGACAAUCUCAGAGCCAGAGAGGCUCUGCGUCAGUGUCUGCCCGACCAGCUGAAGGACAGCACCUUCGCCCAGGUUCUGAAGGAUGACACCACCACCAAGCGCUGGCUGGCUCAGCUGGUGAAGAACCUGCAGGAGGGCCAGGUCACCGACGCCAGAGGCAUCCCACUGGCCCCCCAGUGAUGAGGAACAAAGUGUGUGUUUACUGCUUACACAGACUCAUCCCUCUCUAGAUUUUGUAAUUUUUGCCAAAGUGGCACUCAGACUGUCUGCAAAGAGAAGGACAUAAUAGAGGAAUGUUUGGAUAGAUCAUUUACACCUUUAUUUUCUGCCAGUAUGUCACUUCCACACAAUAAAAAUCUGUUUUUUAAGA